GUCAUCGCCACCACCACCAGCGGCGGCGGCGGCCGAUCAGUGUGUCGCUCCGGUUCCAACGGACCAAAGGCGUCCUCCACCGCGCUGUGUCUUCCCGGAUCCUCUCCACUCUUCAUGGGAUAUAUGCACACAAACUGGCCCCCCCGACAGCUCUUUGCUCCGUGGGUCAGCGACAGGCCGGACAAUUGUGCCCCGAGCCAAGUGCGCGUCAGGCGGGGUGGAUUUGUUGAGACGCGGAUUGAUUCGCCCGGUGUUUUUGACAGCUCGAUGCGUCUAAAUACCGAUGGAGCUUUUUUGGACAUCUGGAUGAUUGGCAAGACAAGGGACGUCACGCAGGCUUGUGUGGAUGCAGCUUCACGCCCAUAACAAGUCGAUGGAUGUUGCUAUGCCCACGGUGCAGGUCGGGUUACGGUGACUAGUUAUCAUAGUGGCCUAAAUCACUAUUAUAUGAUGGAACGUGGCCUUCAUUUAUGGGGGAUCUUAUGGUUGAUGCUGAUCGAUUAUUUGUUCAUCCUGUGGUAGUGUCAGUCUAUCUUUAAGACCCCCCCCCCCCCCCCCAGACAUUUACAGACUCCUUCACUGAUGGAUAAGCUAACACAAAAAUGAGACGUCCAUUCGCCAUCAUUCCUGGGUUUGUUGUGACCUGCUUUCCACCUACCGAUUGAAUUCAUUCAUAUGAUCGGACCCCCGAUUGAUGGAGUCUGUCCGGGGUUCGUUAGAGCAGCAGGAUUUCGUCCGGACCGGACUUUUGGGAUGUAGGGCACAGAAUAGAGAUCCAUCCAUUCAGCCACCCAUGUUCAUGGAGAUGGCUGACGGGGGAGGAGCGUCUACACUGGAUAAUGAGGACCCCCACUCAGAGGAUUGCACUGGGCUCUGUCAGGGUCUGUCAUUUUUACUGGUAGUCUAACCACAGUGAGUCCCCCCCGCAAGCAUAUUCCAAUGACAGUCCCUUUUGGAUCCUCACAAUUCGUGGAAAACAGCAUGGAGCCCGAUUUGUCUUCUCGUGUCGACCUACAUGAACACUUAGCGUAUUAAAGAUCGUUGUGUGUUUUAAAAAGGAUACGGGAUAUGCCUUAAGAUUUGACACUAUUCAAUGUCCAUGAGGAAGCGGGGAUACUCUCGUGCUUUUGGACUUUGACCUCCUGUCCAUUGUACCUGAAUGACCUGACCCUUCUGGGAAUCCACGCUUGUUGCACAACCACGAGCGGAAACGUUAUCGGUUUCAUUAAGAUGCGGGAAUGGGGGCACGGCACUCCCGGUUUUUUAAUCCGCUGACUCCCGCUCCUGGUGGACGCCUGGUUGAUGGGCCUGCGGUGUGUAUUGCGCCCGAGUUGACCGAGUGUCCAUGAACCCGUACGGCAGAGUGAGCAACAUGGCGGCCCCCCUCUCCUGCAGCAGCUGCGGGGGCCGCUGCUCCCCACCUCCCCCGUGUCUCAUCCCUUCCACGGCAUCCUCCAUGAGCCCGCCGCCCCUCAUGUGCCCUGCCCCGGUCAUGCAAGCGGAGAACGGCAGUAGCUGGAACUCAUCCUUCGGCUCUCCGGAGUCUCACCGCGACUGCCCGGCCCUCAACCCUUACUGGACGGCGGUGUUUGAUUACGAGGCCACGGCAGAUGAGGAGUUGACCCUGAGGCGCGGGGACCUCUUGGAAGUUCUCUCCAAAGACUCGAAAGUUUCCGGCGAUGAGGGUUGGUGGACGGGUAAGAUCCAGGACAAGGUGGGUAUCUUUCCCAGUAACUAUGUGACAAAGGGGGACGCUCCAAACUACCAGCAGCUCACAGUGGAUGCGGGCGAGUGCCCUUUGGAGGUGGACUUUUCCGAACUGCUCCUGGAGGAGGUUAUCGGAGCGGGUGGUUUUGGGAAGGUCUACAAAGGGAUUUGGCAAGGGGAUGAAGUUGCGGUCAAGGCUGCCAGGCAAGACCCAGACGAAGACAUCAGCGUGACGGCGGAGAGCGUCCGCCAGGAGGCCAGACUCUUCUGGAUGCUCCGGCACCCGAACAUCAUCGCCUUGCGCGGGGUCUGCUUGCGGGAGCCCAAUCUGUGCUUGGUCAUGGAAUACGCCAGAGGCGGGGCCCUCAACCGAGCCUUGGCUGGAAAGAAGGUGCCCCCGAGGGUGCUGGUGAACUGGGCUGUGCAAAUUGCCACGGGGAUGGACUACCUUCACAACCAGGCGUUUGUACCCAUCAUCCACAGAGACCUCAAGUCCAGUAAUAUCCUCAUUCUGGAGCCGAUGGAGCGUGACGACCUGAGCGUGAAGACCCUGAAGAUCACCGACUUCGGCCUGGCGCGAGAGUGGCACCAGACCACCAAGAUGAGCGCGGCGGGCACGUACGCCUGGAUGGCGCCCGAAGUCAUCAAGCUCUCCCUCUUCUCCAAGAGCAGCGAUGUUUGGAGUUUUGGCGUGCUGCUGUGGGAGCUGCUCACCGGCGAGGUUCCCUACAGAGAAAUCGACGCGCUAGCCGUAGCUUACGGCGUGGCCGUGAACAAGCUAACACUUCCCGUCCCUUCCACGUGCCCUGAAGCUUUCGCUCAGCUCCUAGCAGAGUGCUGGAGCCCGAUCCCCCACAGCAGGCCCUCCUUCACCAGCAUCCACCGGCGGCUGCUGGCCAUCGAGCAGUCGGCCAUGUUCCAAAUGCCCCUGGAGUCCUUCCACUCCUUGCAGGAAGACUGGAGGCUGGAGAUCCAGCAGAUGUUUGACGAGCUGCGGGCCAAAGAGAAGGAGCUGAGGUCUUGGGAGGAGGCGCUGGCCCGGGCGGCCGAGGAGCAACGAGAGCAGGAGGAGCAGCUGAGGAGGCGAGAGCAGGAGCUAGCCGAGCGCGAGAUCGACAUCGUGGAGCGUGAGCUCAACAUCAUCAUCCACCAAAUGUACCAGGAGAAGCCCAGCGUGAAAAAGAGGAAGGGACACUUCAAGAAGAGCAGGCUGCUCAAGCUGAGCAGAGACGGCAUCAGCCUGCCCUCUGGCUUCGAGCACAAGAUCACGGUGCAGGCGUCGCCCAGCGUGGACAAGAGGAAGAUGCAGGGCAGCGAAAGCACCACACCUCCCGCCAGCCCGGGCGUUAUUCCUCGCCUUCGAGCCAUACGAUUGACGCCAAGCGACGGCAGCAAGACGUGGGGGCGCAGCGCAGUGUGCAAGAAGGAAGAUAUGGCGGCCGGCAAGAAGAAAGGACGAACGUGGGGGCCCAGCUCCACCCAUCAGAGGGAGAGGCUCGGGGGGGAGGACAAACUGAAAUCGCUGAGCGAGGGUGGCAAGGUGUGGUCAUCCAGUGCCCCGAACCUGGGAAAGUCCCCCAAGCACGCACCCAUGACGGUGGGCUUCUCCAGUCUCAGUGAGAUGGAGGAGUGCUGCGAGUCGGAGGAGUCGCCGGGUUCCCUGCAGCCCUCCGAGACCAGCAGCAACGGGGCUGCAGACGACUCGGGGUCUUUGUGGAGCACCCCGGGGUCCGGCGCGGCGACCGCUACGGUGGGCUCCUCAGGCGCCAGCUCCACUCAGGGUUCCGUGGGAACGGCGGCGGCGCUGAGCCACCAGGACUCGCUGAGACGUUGCGGCCAGAGGAAGAAGAGCGACAUGCUGCUGUUGGGUUGCGCCUCGCUGCUGGCCUCGGUGGGCUUGGGCCAAGACCUGAUGCAGCUGGGCAGACUGCAGGUGCUCCAGGACGAGCAGGACCUAAAAGAGGAGCAGAGGAAGAAGAAGGAAAGUCUUUUCCAGCGCACGGGACGUUUCCGUCGCAGCACGUCGCCCCCCAGCAGGAACCUCUCCUUGUCCCUCUCCCGCCAUCACGAUUCCACGUUGCCCUCCCUGGACCCUUCCCCGUCCGUCACGCUGCUCUCCUUGUCCUCGCUGUCCGACUGCAACUCCACCAAGUCCCUCCUGCCUUCCGACGCCGACGACUACCCCUUGACGCCGGGCAGAAUGCAAGCCCCGCCCCCGACGGGCCCCUCCCUCAACCCGCUGUUGGACUUGCGGACAGAGAGUUUCAAGAAGGAGCCCAACCAGUCGCUCACGCCCACCCACGUGUCGGCCGCCAUGGCGUUCAAUCGGGGACACAGACGUACGCCGUCUGACGGAGCCAUACGACCACGGGCGCAGACUUUUGUCCACCGCAGGACGCCGUCUGAUGGAAGCAUGCCCAUGCCCCCUCUGGCGGGGGAACCCGUCAUCAGAGUAACCAAAGGUGCGCUGGACUCCCUGGACGUCCCUCGCCUGCCGGACCCCUCGGCCAUCUUCCCUCAGCCCCAGCGUCGAAAGGCCCCCGCUCCCCCCGUUCCGGCUCCCCUCUGUCUCAUCAGCCCCCUGGAGCGACCCAAAACACUGGAGUUCGCCGGCCGUCCCCGGCCAGCCCGGGCACGGGGCGACCCGUGGCAGCUGGGCUCGCUGUCCGGAAACUUCAACGCCGGCUGCAUGGGACCCCCGGGGGAGGGCGACAACGGCGCCACCCGGCCCAACUUGAUGGACAUGGACGUAGAGGGGCAAAGUUUGGACCACACGGUACCUCUGUGCGGGAAGAUUCAGCCCGCUGCCCUUUGCGGGCAACAGUACACAUAGCAGCCCGCUUUUUGAAUCCAGCAACGAUGACACUUACUGGAAGGCAUUCCUUCUACUAGGGUACGAAGAGCGCCCACCAUUCUCCUCGCCUCAAAAAGCCAUUCAUUCCGUCAACAGGUGACCUCACCUGCUUUCAACAUUCCCACCAGUAGACUUGUUGUAUCAUGAAGCAAAAAAAUGGCUUCCCCUUAUGUCAUGCAACGUUGGACUAUUGGAGGUCCACAAAGCUCGACAACAUUGAGACACUUAGAAUAAGAGUGGGCUGAUUUCAUUUUGCUGCAAUAACAUCUGACGGAUUUAUAUUUCGGUCAUAUUUUUACUUCAAUUUGAGUUUUCCUCCAAAUCGAAUGAUUUUGGAGUUCUGAAGCUUAUUCAGUACUUUUACAAGGAAGGUUACAAGAGACAAAAUUGCAUAAUAAUAUGACUAGGGGGGAAGAAAAUUUGGAAUAUUAAGAGGGGGAGGAGUCUAAAUUUUACAAUCAAAACAUCCAAAUAUUAUUAGGGGACUGUAUGAGAAAAAUCUAAUUAAAAAAUAAUUUCAUGAGAAAAAUGCAUAGCUAAAAUGAGAUCAUGUCCACGUGAACAAUUGAAGUAAUAGUACAUUCUAAAUUUAAUUUCAAUUUUUAUUUCAUAUUUCCCUAAUUUUCCUCUUUAAAAAAAAACACCUCUUAAAUUGACUUUUGUAUAUGUACAACUUCAACGACUAUAUUCAAACACGCUGACCUUUUGACCAUUUACAUCCACCAUCCUUGUCCAUUUUUCCAAAAUGAGUCUUGAGGUGGCUUUGGUGGCACGGCUUAACCUUUUCCUCUAUCCACCGCCUCAGCAUGGAUUCAUCGUGACUUUUCAACAAAUGCAACGUUAACCUCACAAGUCCGCUUUAAAGCCCCACGACACGCAUCCGACCCACCCUCGGUAUCCCCCUCAGUACCGUCUCAGUCCCAGUGGCACUUUAGGAGUCUUGUUUGUGGGCCACUUGCAGCUGACAAAUCACUUUGGACUUGUUACACUACUGUGCAAAUAAGUGUGAAUGUGUGUGUGUGCGUGGGUGUGACCUCUUUGUGCUCAUGAGUAUUUAUUAUGAUUAAAUUAAUUGUUAUCGGAAAUAAUUAUUGUUACAAAGCUUUUUUUUCCCCCCUGUACAUCUUUGUUAAUACAACAUGAAGGCAGGUGUGAAAAAUGAGAAGUCAAAAGUGUCAUGUAAUGAAUGCUUGGUUGUGAGAUGAAUAAAAGGUAGUAAGAAUGAU